UCUACUGUUUCUCACUAUCGUUGUGACAAAAGAUAAAAUGAUUGCUGGUAGCAGCGUUUGGGUGUCCGAUAAGCCUUUAAAUGCAUUCAUCUGUUUCUCCAACUCGACUUCCUGGAUCGUAUUUCAUCAUCUCACAGUUACUUGAUGUAACGCCCACGCAGGCCCCUGAAAGAGAAGUGCAGGUUUUCUAUCAGCAUACUUUAAAAUCUCUUUGCAAGCAGUGACCCGUGCCGCCUCUGGCUGAAAAGAUCUUCCUUGACCUGUUUUUAAUUUUGUUUGGAGUCGAGUGAUUCAGCUGAUAGAAGGGAGCUGGUGUUCGUGGUUUAUUGUGAUUUUGAAUGUCUGAGCUGUUGUACAUUGACUGUUCUGUUGUGUGUCAGUGUGAAUGAGCGGCAAAAACCUUGUAAAGUGCUUUGGAUAAAAACACUAUAUAAAUGUAGCCAUUUACAUUUAUUAGCAUACUUCCCAGCAUGCAUGGCUUUUUUCCUAGUCUGAUGGAGAUUUACUGUGUCUCUUUAAGCAUUUAUCUCAGAUGACUCUCAGGACUUUCCUUUGAUGAAAACAGUGCUUACCACGAUAAAGAUCAGCAUCCACUUCAGCCGCACUCAUUACUUGUGUGUCAAGUUCAAGGUUCUGUUUAUUCAUCCAUAAAAUCAUGGAAAUGUCAGCGCUCACAUCCUCACCGCCAUCCUCUGUCACGGAUGAGAGGUAACAUCAGUGUUAGUUUCUGAAAGUGGUCUGAACGUGGCUGCAUUUCAGCGGGGUGUGAAGAAAUGACCCUGAAACUCUAAUAUGUGGUUUUACUGCUGUGAGAAUGAGGGGAACUGGAAAGCAAAACUGACAAGGAACUCUUGACUGAAUGUAAUGACUUGUACUUAUGUUAAGUUUAUUUAACUGAGUGAUAAGAGUCAGGGUGGUCGCUUACUUAAGACAGGACUGACUGACGGACGAACUCAAUGAAUCCCAAAAUGCAACAGAAGUCACAUCAACGAUGACGAUGCUGUCGACAAAGGCAGCAGUAAACGCGUCUGAAAUGAGCUGUGAGACGCAUUGUCCUCCAGUUUCAUGAAACAUGAUCAGUUGUGUCCAAGUUUUUCCUGGACAGACAAUACUGACUCAAGUCAAGCUUGAGACGGGCCCGAGUUAAAAAGUCAGAAUCAGCGCAGCGUUGUUGCAGUGUAGAAACAAAGACGGAAGAACUGUCUCAGUCUGAGUUUCUGAGCUGGUGUACAAACAUUUUGUUGAUUCUGUGUUCAUUUUCCUUUGGAGUGUGUUGCUAAUGUGCAAAAUCUGAAGGAGUCAGUGAAAGUAUCGCAAGAAAAAAUGCCCCAAAACGACAUCUGUUUAUGUUCAAGUGACAAAGCCCACUAGCGGGCGCAAAGGAGGAAGUCAGGUGACGUUAUAGAGCAACGAGGUCCAUGUAGGGAGGAGGUCGGGGUAAACGAAACAUCGGACUUUAACACCAGAGACCGCUGGUCGUUUCCUGUGACUGUUGGUUUCUUUUAACCGUGACCGUGAUUGUUCCAUAACCUUAACCAAGUGGUUAUUUUAACCCAAACAAUCAUCUUUCCCAAAACCUAACCAAGUCGUCGUGCCUAAACCUAACCGAACCUUCACCAGAGCUGCGUAAGAUCAGAAAAAAAGUUCUGGUAACGGGUUCUGGAAGGGAAAUGAUGUCGUCCUGCUGAUCGCGGUGUCAGAUCAGAAACCGCUUCUAAAGUCGCGUCACAAACGACGUAUAAUGUCGUCCAAUUUGGAGUUAAGUACAAGAUAUACUUGUCGUUCAAAAGGUUUAAAGUGCGUUCAUUAAUGUUUUAACUAAAUGAACAAGAUUGUUCCUCGAACCUUAACCGAGUGGUUAUUACUGUAACCGUGACGACGAAGCUCCUUUUUAACCCAAACCACAAUGUUUCCCUAACCUUCUUAACUAAGUAUUUACUAAACCUAACCGAAGCUUUACCAUGGCGUUGUCAGAUCAGAAAACAGACUUAUUUUUAAACAGUUAUGUGUAAUAGUUUUGGAAGGCACAGACAGAUGGCGUCAGAUCAGAAGGGCAUGGACAAACGGCGUAUUUUGUUGUAGAACAUGAGGGAGUUUGGGGUUUGCACCUGAUGCGGCGAGUUAAUUUGUUCCGAAUGUGUUGAGCUACAGCUUAUCGUCUGUGCACCAGGUUACUGUGUGACCUCCACGGGGCCACGCUCGACCAAUCCCAAAAUGCAACAGAAAUCACAGCAACGAGCUCUUUGCAUCAAUAGUGAAGUUUCUGUCCAAAUGUAGCGCAAAGUUUGACAGGAUUUACACACAAUCGGCAAAAGAAAAUGUGAAUUACCGUGCGUUUCCAUCCACUAUUUUGUGAAUAUCAGGAGUUCGUUGAUGGGUAUAAACAGCUGCUGGAGCUAAUUCUCCAGUCGGUGCCAUUAAACCAUCAGAAGGAGAGGACACGACGAGGUGACGUCACCAGUCGAAGCUCAAACGAUGGAGAACCACGUGGAAAACAUGACGGAAACAUGACGUUUCUGUUGGUUUCAUGUGUUAAUGUGAGGAAGGUUCCAGCCUCCUCAUCGCUCCACACACACCUGAAGUCUUCAGCUCUUCGCUUUAAGUCACGUGCUUCGUGUACGUCAGCAGUUAUUCACUCUGUCCGUUUCCAUCUGCUUUUUAUCCAACUUUUCCUCAUCAGCCGAGCGUAAAAACGUUUUUACGUUAUUUCGGCCCCCCCGUUUCAUAAAUGCGCAAAUUGCAAAUGUGCAUAAAAACUGGUGGCUGGAAACACAUUACUUGAUGACAAGUGGGCAGUAAACACAUCAUCCAUCCUCUGAAAUGAGCUGUGACACACAGCGUUUCCUCCAGUGUCAUGAAACGCGAUCAGAGGUGUAAGUUAUUGCGUGUUUCACAUCAGAACAUCAGAUAAGUUUGUAAUUUGGGUGAACGGACAGAAAGUCAGAAAAUAGUGAAACCAAGAUGUGGAGGAGAUGAAAAGAGGAAACUAAAUGGAUCUGUUAUUUCCAGUCUGAUCAACCAGAUGGUCUGAAUGAGAAGCUCCUACUGUAUUUUUUCCUUUUUAUGAUGAGCAGGCAGGUGGUGAUUAACGUGUCAGAGCUGGUGUGUCUAUCUGUCAGAGCUGUGUAGAAAAUGUGUAGUUUCCUGUGCUUUAAAAAGUUAAUCGUGGGCAGGGAUUUUAAAUGUUUUCCACAGUGCUGCUAUUAUUUUGACUAUACAACAGCUGGUUGUAUCGUUUCCUACGGAUUUAUUAAGUCAGGAUUUACAGAAAGACCCUUUUAAGGUCGACUGAUAAAUUGCCUUACUUCUACUCGAUACCGCAUCCUGUUGGAGUGCCCUGCACUCUUUUACCAUAUACUCGAAAACGGGAUAUAUUUCGAGGUGCGGACCCGGGUAUACUGAGGCAACAUAACACUUGAACUUCCCGGCACAGUAGUAGUAACGCUGUAAUGUUAAAAUGGUGCAUUAAGUCCUGAAUUAAGAUAAAUAGGAGGUUUGUUGUGUUCGGCCUGGACCUGUAUUUAAUACAGUACAUUUUAUAGAAAUGUAACAAUCUGCUGCAGCUUCUCAUUGAUCUGUAAUGCAGUCCAUCAGAGUCAAUUGAUUCUGCCCUUACUUUCAAAAUAAGAGCACAGCAAAGAGAGAAAAGUCUGAAUAUGUUCUACAGAAAAACACUGUGUAACAGGGAUUAUUGAUGAUCUGAUGAUUUGUGCUUUAGUGCUGAUGCUUGAUUUUGACCAGAUGAUGACACAACUCUGAAACCUGUCCGCUCUGAACUUUUCUGUGCGUCAAAACCAUCGACUGUCUAAAACACGGACGUAGUGUCCGUGACGUCACCCGGAGGUUUCUGAAGAACCAUUAUGAAGCUCAAAGUGGGCGGCUCCCGGCAGCUCCGGCUAAUCCAAAAAUGGGCAAAGAGGUGGAGCUGAGGCGGGCCGAAGGAAGCCUGGUUGCUGAACCACCUAGCGGCAAGCCACCUGAUAGGACACCCACCUGUCACUCAAAGGGGCCAUGUCCAUUAUUAUGUGUAACUUUUAGCCUUAGAGUUAUUAAAAAAAUCACCCCCUCACAGUUGUCAUGAACGGGGAAAUUAGCUACAGAGUCCAAAACCGUGUUUCGUUCCAGGCUGUCAACAUGUUUAUUUCUGCUGUAAAGUUGGACAUUUUCACACGGGGCUCUGUGGGGACUGACUCGCUUUUGGAGGCCGCCUCAAGUGGCCAUUCAGUGAACUGCAGUUUUUGGCACUUCCUGUUGCCUUCAUUGUUCAGCCCCGGAGGACGCCGCUUGGUGAAAACUGACACAAAUCUGGCGGAGGCGGAUACGUCGUCAUCAUCACUGUACAGCAAACCGAUAUCACCUGACAUCCAGUUAAAAACAUACAGAAAUGGACGGAGCAGAAGUGAUGUUGAGGCUUCAUCCACACGCCAGCAGCCGGCCUCUGCUCUGCUCCGGAUUUCCUGCCAAACUCUGAAUCGCCUGUCCCUGAAAACCAAUAACCAUGAGGGUGUGAAAUUGUCCUGUCAUCACUCUCUCUUCCUUCCCUCCUCUCUCAUUUUCCCCUUCUCUUUCUCCUCCAACCCCCUCCAUCUUUCCUCACCUCUCUCUAAAGAUGAUGUGUCGUCCAAACAAUGCGAAGCAAUAAGCAAGCAAAUAGCUGUAAUCACUCAGUCGAUGAUGCACAAUCACCCACUCAGCACGCGGCAGGAGUUGUGGCGACCUGGCAGCCUUAUCGAUCUCCGGGGGGAGGGGGGACGAUUAAAGGCACCCCGGCAGUUAACAGAUGGUGAAUGACGGCGCUCAUAAACCUUGCACUAAAAGACUAAUGUCCUACAAGCUGCAGCCGGCGUGGAAGCCAUAAACAGCCCUGCCGCCGACUGUCAGCGCUGCGGGUGGGGGGAGGGGGAUGAUGGGAGGCAAAGGGCCAGCUGCUGCCUUACUGAACGAGGCUCGACGUGUGGGGGGUCCUCGGGGCCGCGCACCGAGCUCUGACGGAGGUCGUGGAGAGGCAGACUGCUCAGCUUUCAAUUACAAAAUCCAAAUGGUGACUGAACGGUUCAGCCUGACUGAGAUCAUAAAGUACCAGGAGGCGCUUUAUGAUCUCAACAAAGACAAGUGUGUUGUCUUAAUCACACAAAAUGGAUUGCCGUAACAUUUUGUACAGACAUUCAAGGUUCCCAGAUGACGAAUCCUGCUGACUUUGUUGAUCUUUCCUCUAGCGCCACCAUGAGGUUGAUGUUUAUAGUUUUGAGUGAAGUGUUUGUAUUGGCAUUUGGUUCAGGCAUUCAUGUUCCCCUCAGGAUGAAUUUAAAAUAACUUUUGUCAUCCUCUGACUCUUCGUCUAGCGCCACCAUCACGUCAACAUUUUACAAUACUUUUAGUUUUGUAGGAAAUAAACCAGUGACAUUCCCUUCAGCCUCAGCUGCACUUUGUGGGCUCAGGUGAUUCAACACACCUGCACACCUGUUCUGUGACAAAAUAAUCUCAGCUCAAAGUUUCACGUAACUAGCUUUUUUCCGACCAUGGACGCCAACUGGCCGGUCGCACCCGGCUAGCAGGCUCUCGCAUCUCUGGAAAUGUCACAUUUUCAAGUAGGCAUUAUUUUGACACAAUCGGCAACAUGUGUGAAAUCUGAACGGUUCAUUUCUUGCAUAAAACAAUCUCAAAACUAAAUUUGUUGACACAGUUUUGUUAAAAAAAAUUACAGUUGAUGCUAAAGGCAUGCUGGGAUACAUGUCAACUCAGGUUGUCAACAGGUUUACACACAUUGGUCAGCUCCCAAAUCAUUCUCCAUUAAAAAUGGGCGGAGCAAGAAUAUUUCCAGGCAUGUUGACCGCACUUGACUACUUUAAAUGUAAACUUGGCAUUGGAACAGUACUUGGGCCGUGGCUGAUGACGCUUCAUAAGAGAAGAAGAAAGACGUAGAAAGUACUUUACAGGAAAUCCAAACUAACACAAUUCAGCAAAGGAAACUACAGUGGAAUACAAGUCGAAAUGCAGCGAAUGGCUUUAAAAAAUCUGAAUGUAAAUGUGUGUAGCAGGUGAGCUGUUUUUCAUCUUGUGAACAGGACAAACUGACUGUUGAUGGCGGCAGUAAAAAAACAGAAUAUUCUUCAUUGAGUGAGAGAGAAGUAGUUUUGUGGAGCUCGUAUCAGAUCCAUCAGAGUUAAUCAGAGGAAUGUUUCCCACAAUCUUGUGCUGAUCAAUACGGCUUGCCUCUGCUGCUGAUCAAUGAGCCCCUCAGUUUAUACAGAGUAUGGAAAUAAUCCAGUCUGCCACUGUUUAUGUAUAUAAAUAGUACCAGAGCAAAAAUCCUUCACUGUGAUGGUGAGAUACAAGAAACAGCAUAGAUAAAGCCCCAUCUCUGCAGCACUACACAGCUUUUUAGCCUCUUUUUAGCUUCUGGUUUUGGUUUUACAGCACAUUUACUGUCCGGUUCGGUCUCAGUGUUUCCAGCAGCAGCUGUUUUCAUCAAAUGAGCUGAUAAACUUGUAGACUACCUGCUCAGCACCACACAGCAGACAGAUAAAGUUAGAGAGUAGGAGGUUACGAAAGUGGAGAAUCUAGCAGCUAAAGAGUGGUGGAGACCAAACCAGAGCUAAAACAAGAGUGACUCAAGUGACCAGAAACACAACUCAAACGGGUUGAUCGUGUUGCUCUGCGUCUGCUGGAGGUGCAAACAGGAAACGGUUUGCUAACAUUUUCAAAACGUUAAUUAACGCAGCUUUAAACCUUUUGAACGACAAGUAUAUCUUGUUCUUAACUUCUCCAAAUAAAACGACAACGUGCGUGGUUUGUAACGGCCCAUUAGAGCGACACACAGACGCGUUUUCUGAUCUGGCGGCAAAAUCGGCAGGACAGCAUCAUUUCCCUCCCAGAACCGUUACAAAUCACAGUUUCAAAAAGAAAACAGUUUUCUGAUCUUCCACAGCUUUGGCUAAGGUUUGGUUAGGAAAAGAUCAUGGUUUAGGUUAAAAUAACUACUUCAUUAAGGUUAGAGGAACGAUCGUUUUCAUGGUUAAACAAACGUUGACUGUCGCUUGGAAACGGGAAACGAACAGUAGUCUCCCGAUGUUUUGUUGAUCCAUCCAUCCACGCCGACCUCCUCCUUAUCGCGCUAUAAUAGCGUCACCUGACUUCCUCCUUUACUCCCGACAGACAAGAGUCAGAGUUCCUACGGCUGUUGGAGUUUUGUUUGUCUCUUGAACGUCAACAGAUGAUGUUUUGGGGAUUUGCUGAAAUGACCGAUGCUGUCGGAAAGUCUCCUUAACUUCCUAACACAACCUCAGGAUUGUAAUGUGCGAAGGUGGCAUGAAGUCACUGGUGCUGAGUUAACGGUGUUUUCUAUCUCCGAACGCUAAAAGACUCUUUCUGUGUCUCUCUCAGGCUGACAGACAGCUACAUGUUUGUUGUUGAAAAGGGGGGAAGCAUCAUGAAUUUGAGAGGAAAUUAAUUCCAGAAUGACAGAUGGAGGCCAAUUAGACUCUCAGGCCGCUCGUUAUGGUGGCCGGCUGAGCCCGCUGGACACCGGGAUGAACGGCGAGCUGAGAGCCGGUCGCUCCACGACAGCCAAGAGAGGAAGCAGCGCCCCCGACAGGUCUGACUAUGAGAUGGAGUAUGACAGAUACCCUGAUGACCACUACAACAGGGUGUUUGACUACCAGCGUGUCCCCUCCUCGGUCCCGGUGGAUCCCAGUCCUGUCAAACGGCCCCGCCCUUCAUCCUCCUCCUCCUCCUCUUCCUCCUCCGCAGCAGCAGCUCUGAGGAUGAAGAGCAGCAGAGCUUCCAGCAGGAACAACAACACACACACCUCCAAAUUGAGGAUGGCGGAGCUACUUGCCAUCAAGAGGGAGCUGACAGUGAUCAAGGUUCAGAUCGACGGCCUGUUGGACUGUGUAGACAAGAUGGACAGACAGAGGAAGGACUGCUCAGAGUGUCCUCAGAGCAGGGAGCCCAGUGUGUCGGACUCUCCUCACCGAGGUUCAGUCAGCAGCCUGGAGAGGGAAAGUCCUGAACCAGGAGAGGCCAGCGAGGACGAGCCGCUGCACUACCAGCACUACUACCCCCACAGCUACCCCCACAGGAUAAAGCAGCAUCAGUCUGAUCUGGAGGACGAUCUGUAAAACUGCAACUCAGAUCCUUCCAGAAACAAAAGCUGGGAUCGGUAACAGCUGGAACAGGAGAUGCUUCAAGGAGGCAACAUGAACUGCAUUGGACUGACUCUCCCCCCGCUCCUGAAUCGGUCUCUUAUCUGUCACUAUCAGUUAGAUUUUUAUUCUGUUGCACCAUCUCCAGUUCUGGUUUCCAGUCCACAAUGAUGACAAAAUCCCCAAAACAAUAUGUGUUCGUGGUACAUCACUGACUCUGGUGCUCCAUGCUAACAUAUUGACACAUGGGACAAUAUAGCUAAACUUCUGUGUUUUUAUAAAGCACCAUAGCGGUGGAUGUGCUUUGUUUUUAUGUGAUUUCCUACAUUUCAGGCAGCCAUUGAUUUAAUUUACAGUAAUUUCAGAACUUGAAAAAAAAAACUUGCAGAGACUUAACUUUCUGCAGACAAAUAAUCCAUCACAGUCAGCAAUUUAUUUGAUUUUAUUUGGUCUCUCUUUAGUGAUGCGAUCAAGAAUAGUUCAACAUCUUAACAUUAAUAGUGCACCUACAAAGAAAAGCAUAUAAUUCAUGAGCUAAGUUUUUUGCAGAUGUUUAAUUCUUAUUAUAUUGUAUUAUAUUAUAUAUUACUCUAUACCCAGAUUGAAAAAACUACAUUUUCUUUACUAAAAAAGAUAAUAUUGGUCCCAUUUAUCACCCUAACCUUGCUUCCCAUGUUGAACUCCACUCUGAUUAAUGUUAAUAAAGUCAGUGUGGCAGCUGGCAGCUCCUUAUCACACAGUUUAUUUUCAUCAGGUGUGUUGUCAUUAUGUGUAACCAGAUGUGUACAGGACCGCAUUAUGGGUCAUUGUUAAAGGCUCAGUGAGCACAGUUUUAUGACUCUCUGGCUGAAUUACAGUUUAAUUCACUCAGGAAAUCAGUCAUAAAGUGAUAUAUGGACUCUGACAAUUUCCUGAAAUGAGCAUUUAGUCUGAAUAAAAAUGACGUGUAGUGGAUAUAAAUGGGAAGAUUGCAUUUUUCCACCAUGAAACAAUUAUAUGACAACAUGAGUGAGGGAAGUAUAUACUUCAUGGUCCCAUGAAGUAUAUAGUUGGCAGUUCAAUUUAUCAACUACCAUUUAGCUCACUGGUUUAUCAAGUAAAACUGUUGAGUUUAGCUAAUCGAUUCCUUCAGCAGCUAAAACAGUUUGGUAUAGGGUUAACUAAUGAUUUAGUUCAGCAGCAAAAACAAAUUGGUUCAGGUUAGCCUAGCUAAAACAGUCGGCUUUGCAUUAGUUAGCAGAUCAGUUUAGGAGAUAACACAGUUUGGCUCAGGUUAGCUAACAGAUCAGUUCAGUAGCUAAAACAGUUUGCUCCAUGUAAGCUAACAGAACAGUUUAACGGCACAAAGAGUUGUGCUGCGUCUCAAUUCGGAUACUUCCGUUAGUACACUUCCAUGUAGUACACUCUGUACUUCAAAUCGAACACGGCUGUUCUGCCCUUAACAGAAAUGACGAUCGCAGCAUUUGACCACUUCUUCUUCUUUUUUAAUGGCGAGUUGCAACCGUCCGCGGUACCAAAUCAUUAAAGACUACUAAAUUAACCCAAUAAACAUACUGAUGGCUUUUAUCCUACUAGAGUAUAGUUGGAUUUGGCAACCGCUCUGCCUGCCCUAUGUAGCCAAGAUGGCGACCAUUGAGGGUGAGAAGUGUCCAGCGUUCCACACUCAACUUUUUUGACCGUUAUGAGUACAUCAUCCGGGUAUUCAUACUGCAUUUUGCCAUAAUUGUGAGUGUGAACGCACUUAUGCAAUAGCAAGUGUAAGUACGGAAGAACGCAAAUUGAGACACGACAUUGGAUUCGGUUAGUUAACAGAUUAGUUUAUCAGAGAAAACUGUUUGGUUCAGGUUAGUUUAUGGAUCAGUUUGGCAGAUAAAAAAAAAAUCUCAUUCAGGUUAGCUUGAUCCAGGUUAGCAUUAGGUCCUCGUUCAAUCAAUGAACUCUACUCCCAGGAAAGUGGUCAGAGUUGAAGAGUAGUCAUCAACUGAAGCGAACUGAGGCCAUCAGAGUUGAAUGUAAAAUUACCAAAAGGACCGUUGUCCUUGAACCUGUCAUACAUUUACAGUAUGAAAACAAUGUGUUUACUGUGUAGCAUGUGCGUUUUAAUUGGAAUAUUGGAUAUACUAUUUGUUUAUCACUUUUGAUUGUUGUCAAAAUGGCAGCAAAUUUAUUAACACAUCCGUACAACGGCACACUUUUGGCUACAGAUACGAUGCCGUUCCAUUUUCUUCUGUACGUCCACCCUACCAUCUAUCUGUCCGUCCAUCCAACACUAAGAUGUUCUGUGUUAUCUUGACAACUAUUGGCCAGAUUGCCAUGAAAUGUGGCAUGAAUGUCCAUGCUCACCAGAGGACGAAUGUGAAUGUUGUCGAUGCCACCACACCCCUUAUUUGUGUGUUUUUGCUAUGUCUUUCCACCACAAUGGUCGUACUACUUCAUGUAGUUUCACCGCCGCCGUCAUAUUUAACUUGCAUUUUAUGACGUAAUGUUUGUUUCACCUGAUUUUGGGUGACUGGUUAUACGGAGAGCAAAGCCACCAAACUGUUGUCAAGUCAAACACAUAAAGACUUUUUCUCUAGCACGUUUACCCUGCUGGACGGUCACAAUCACUGUGACUGACUGUAAAUAUGUCUGGAGCAUUCAUGUAAAAUAUUUGUCAGUUUAAAAAAUUACUCUUGAAAAUAUGUAUGUGUACAGUAGUGGCUCUUUAUACUUAAACAUUAUUUCAAACCCUUAAAAAAAUGAUACUAAAAUGUUUUAAUAAGAAAUCCUGUAACUGCAGGUACAGAAUCAUUUCAUUUGGCUUCAUUGUAGUUUCUGCUGUUGGUGCUUUUGUGUUUCUCCUCUGUGCUAAAUGUGAUCUAUUUCAGUGUGAGUGUAGUAAAAGUAUUUUUCAUAAAAUAGAUGUGUGGUUGGAGCUUUGUGUGUGUAAUAAUAAUAAUAAUAAUAUGAUUCUCUA